GUUCGAACACAGCAUACAACAAGACCAGGGUUUAAGCAGCAGUCAUCACUCAGAUAGAUAGAUAGAUUGAUAGAGAGAGAGAGAGAGAGAUGGGGAAUCCAAAGCAGAAGUGGACAUCGGAAGAAGAAGAAGCAUUACGUGCCGGCGUCGCGAAGCACGGCACCGGCAAGUGGAAGAACAUCCAGAGGGACCCCGAAUUCAACCAUCUCCUAUACUCUCGCUCCAACAUUGAUCUCAAGGACAAGUGGAGGAACUUGAUCGUUGGGACCAAUGGACAAGGUCCGAGGGAAAAAUCACGGACACCAAAGGCGAAGGCUAAUCCAGAUGCUCCGGCUACUCCAAUGCCCAGUGCACAGACUCCUGCUUCCUCCACUCCUGUUGCACAUGAUGCAUCAGUAGACACUGUCAUGGAAGACUCUUCAAAAUGCUUACUAGACGGCAAAACUGCCUCAAAGUACAAUGCUAUGAUUUAUGAAGCACUUUCAACCCUGAAAGAUCCAAAUGGAUCAGAUACUAGUGCACUCGUUAGUUUUAUUGAGCAAAGGCAUGAGGUGCCCCCAAAUUUCAGAAGGCUACUGAGUUCUAGGUUAAGAAGACUUGUUGCACAAGACAAGCUUGAAAAGGUCCAGAAUUGCUACAGAAUCAAAAAAGAUAUCUUACUCGGAGCCAAAAGCACUGCCCCAAAACAGAAAGAUAUCCGGCCUAGGCAGUCUCAAACUACUGGUUAUCUUGGUGAUACACUGGAAGAAGCUGCAGUGGCUACUGCCUAUAAGAUUGCAGAAGCAGAAAACAAAUCGUUUGUAGCAGCUGAGGCUGUCAAAGAGGCAGAGAGGGUCUCAAAGAUGGCUGAAGACGCUGAUUCACUGCUGCAGUUGGCCAAAGAGAUUUAUGAGAAAUGUUCACGUGGCGAAAUCGUGCUGAUGGCGUAGGUUAUGUACUUUUCAUCUUAUCAAGUUAAUGCAUGGAGACUCUUUUUAGGAACUUGUACAUUUAGUAAUCCCAUGCUCAAUAUAUUUUCUUGAGGUGUGAUGAAAGUGAUUAUAAAUUGGUUUUGUGUUGAUACUUAAUUGCAGACGCUCGAUUCUAAUCAUUAUUGUCAAUGGUUGGGAUCAUUCCUCGAGGUUUCAAUUCAAGAUUUAAGAUGUGAGUAUCAGAUCUUCA